UGUUUGAAGCACAGAGGUCCACUUACUCACUUAUCUUUCCCCUGGUCUCUCUUUCUCAACUUGUUUCGACUUUCAACCCUAGACUUUUGCUCACUGCUCAUCUCCAAUCAUGGGAGAUGAAGCUUCAUCACUGCAACUCAUCCACCACCUCCUCCUCUCCGAAUUUGAUUCUAUGGAGACCUUCAUCUCUCAUGUAAGUCAUUCGUUACAAUCUUCGGCCUCUGAUUCUAGUGUUUCUACCGAUGAUAUUACUCAAGUUUCUGAGUACCCGAAACUCCAUGAAGAUGAAAGCAACGCUUUUCUCUUCGACUGCUCUACCUCUUCUCCAUCUGCCGUUUUCCAGUUUCAAACCGAAUCCCCAAAACCUUCCAGAUUAAGUCAUCGGCGACCCCCAGUCAGCAUCUCCCUUCCUCCGCCACCAAUUUCUCACACUUCGUCCUCGUUAGAUUCCGGCGAGAGCAGGCACUAUCGAGGCGUGCGCCGCCGGCCUUGGGGAAAAUUCGCGGCGGAGAUUCGAGACCCGAAUCGGAAAGGACAUAGGGUUUGGCUUGGAACCUUCGAGACAGCCAUUGAAGCCGCCAGAGGUUAUGAUCGAGCUGCUUUCAAGAUGCGUGGCUCCAAAGCUGUUCUUAAUUUUCCUCUCGAAGCAGGGAAUUGGUCGGAUUCUGACCCACCGGCGACUUCCAUCCGGAAAAGGGAGAGAGAAAGCGAAAGUGAAGAGAGCAAACAACCGGAGAUAAAGGUUUUAAAGCAAGAAGAAGCCUCACCGGAUUCUGACAGCCCCGUGGUGACAGAGGCGGCGGCGGCAAAUGUUUUGGAGGCGGGUCCGCUAACGCCGUCAAGUUGGAGGACCGUUUGGGAGGAGAGAGACAUGGAGGGGACAUUCCAUUUGCCUCCGUUAACCCCGUUAUCACCCCAUCCUUGGGUUGGAUAUUCUCGGCUCGUAAUUUAAAGGGCGUUGGAAGAAAGCCGAGCGUUAUUGUUAAUUUGGCCGUUCUUUAAUUCGUAGUAUUCAAUUUAUUGAGUCAUUUAUUCAUAAUGUUUCACAGGUGUUUUUAAGGGUAUUUUUGUCUUUUAAAUUUUAUGUCCUUAGUAUCAAUUAUGUAAAAAUUAUAACCCUUAAAUCAUAAUUAUCCCAUUAUUUAA